AAAACCGUUGUCUUGGAGGAAACCGGAAGUCUCGUUGUUCCCCUGUGAUCUAUCUCGUGCUGGCGGUAGAAUAGCUGUGUAGUCUGUUAGCUGCUGAUCUUAUUGGACCGUUUUAGGAGACAGAGCUCGAGGUAAAGCCACACACACACUCAGUUGUGUGUGGAUGUGAGGAGAACGAGAGGAGACAGCAGCUCCUGAAUAUCUCUGCAUGCUUUGAUUUGUACUGAACAGAAUCCAGAGUGAGUCCAGCAGCCCCAGUGGAGAUCUGAGAGGAAUGGAGGAGGACAACCAGAACCAGGAGCAGCGGAGCAACGAGGUCCCCAGAAGACAAGCAACAGACUGGGACUCUGAUACCAGGGAGGUUCAGGACAAGAGAGGAAUGGAGGAGGACAACCAGAACCAGGAGCAGAGGAGCACCAAGGUCCCCAGAAGACAAGCAGCAGACUCAGACUCUGAUACCAGCGAGGUCCCCAGAAGACAAGCAGAAGACUCUGACUCUGAUACCAGCGAGGCCCCCAGAAGACAAGCAGAAGACUCGGACUCUGAUAGCAGCCAUGUUCAGAAACGGAGAGGAAGAAAGGGACCCAAACGUCACCACUGUCGACACUGUGACAAAUCCUUCACAUCAUCUGAAUAUUUAAAGAUUCAUCAGAGAGUUCAUACUGGAGACAAGCCUUACAGCUGUGAUCAAUGUGGGGCAGCUUUCACACAACAGAGUACCCUAAAAAGCCAUCAACGCAUUCACACUGGAGAGAAGCCGUACAGCUGUGAUCAAUGUGGGGCAGCAUUCGCACGACAGAAUACCCUAAAAAGACAUCAACGCAUUCACACUGGAGACAAACCUUACAGUUGUGAUCAAUGUGGGGCAACUUUCAUACAACAGAGUACCCUAAAAAACCAUCAACGCAUUCACACUGGAGACAAGCCUUACAGCUGUGAUCAAUGUGGGGCAGCUUUCACACAACAGAGUCACCUAAAAAGCCAUCAACGUAUUCACACUGAAGAAAAGCCAUACAGCUGUGAUCAAUGUGGGGCAGCUUUUGCACAAAAGGGUAACCUAAAAAAUCAUCAACGCAUUCACACUGAAGAAAAGCCGUACAGCUGUGAUCAAUGUGGGAAAACAUUUUCUGAGAGUGGCCACCUUAAAAGACACCAGCGCAUUCACACUGGAGAGAAGCCGCACAGGUGUGAUCAAUGUGGGAAGACUUUUACUGAGAGUAAUCACCUUAAAAGACACCAACGCAUUCACACUGGAGUUAAACCGUACAGCUGUGAUCUGUGUGAGAAAACGUUCAAAACUCCAGAACAUGCUGAAAGCCACCGACGUGUUCACACCGGAGAGAAGCCGUACUGGUGUGAACAAUGUGGGAAAACGUUUUCUCACAAUAGUCACCUUACAACACACAAGCGCAUCCACACCGGAGAGAAGCCGUACAGCUGUGAUCAAUGUGGGGCAGCUUUUUCUCAGAGUAGUGACCUUAAAAAACACCAGCGCAUUCACACUGGAGAGAAGCCGUACUGGUGUGAACAAUGUGGAAAAACCUUUGCUCAGAGUAGUAGCCUUUACUCUCACCAGCGUAUUCACACAGCCUAGUUGUGAACAUUCAUUCAGAUUAGGGCUUUGCAAUUGAUCGAAAUGUAUGCUACGUUUACACGUGGCCGGUUAUUUUCACAAACAGACAAUUCUACCUCUCCGUU